CUUCGCCGGUUCUUCCGGUUUCCGGGUGCUAAGCUGCCGCACGAGAAGAAGAAGAAAAUGCCGUCUUUACAAACAGCUCUGCCACCUGAGCUUGCUAACAAUGUCAUCAGACUUUACCGGGAGUGUCUUCGGAGAGCUAAAUAUAUAGGCCACAAGCAACAUAAUACUGCACUGGUUGUUGAUAUGGUGAGACAGCAGUUCAAAAAGCAUAUGCACGAGACAGAUCCCGAGAAGAUUCAGAAGCUGAAGGAUGAUGCUGCAAGGGGAUUAAUUAACCACAUACUCUACGAGUCUGAGAAGCUGUCUGGAAGAAAGUUCAGCAAUAACUCUUGAUAAUUUCAGUUUUUAUUUGAUAAUCAGUACCAGACAGUUUUCACGACUAUUCAACCAAGUAGUAAAGAGAUGCUUGAAUUUUGGGGUCUCUAAUGAUUUUCAUGGUGUCAUGCAUCAUGUUUAAAGAAACUUGCCAUAAUUAUUUA